GGUGGCGGCCAUCUUGCGUAUGGAACUGCUCCAGCGUCGCCUCUCUUUCCAGCUCCGUUUAAUAGCUACGUUUUGGACGGUCUUUCGCCUUCCUGGAGAUGUCUUGUAGUGAAAUUGAAGCUAAGUUUUUGGGACCUGGAAAAGAACCAACAAGGGAACCAUGCUAUAAAAAAUUGAAAUCAGCUGCAGAUGAUGGUGUUUUCCCCCAUCGAGGUGGUCCUGAUAGUCACAGAAUCCAAGAAAAAAACAGAAAUAAUAGGGUCCCUGUAGCCACCAUUAACUUCAGAAGACGUGUUUGUCCUCAGGAAGACAAAACCAGUACAGAUGUGUUAAAGCCUUUGCACAAGGAGGUGUCCGGUAAUAAACUAGGUGGUACUGAAUCCAGUGGUUCACAAGCUUUGCAGGAUGGAAAGCCUUCACCACUGGCCAGGGAUGAUGAAAUCUAUAGCACAAGUAAAGCAUUCAUAGGCCCCAUUUACAAACCCCCUGAAAAAAAGAAAUGCCGUGAAAGAAAGAGUGAGACGAAUACUUUCAAUAGUAUAGAUAGCAAAAGAAGACAAGAGAAAUUUAACUCCAAAAAAUUGGAGAUCGACACGGAGUUAUCCCAGUUUUACAAAGAAAUUGAAGAACUGGAAAAUGAAAAUGAAGCUUCCCAAGGCAGUUGUAAGGAGCCAGAACCUUCCCAGGAACAAAUUAUUCCUUAUGAUCCGGCCUGUAAUGCCUUAAAAUCUGAGGAAGAAAAUAAAGAUCUGAGUAAUGUUCUUCAGUCACAUUAUGGUUAUCAAGAGUACUUGGAGGAUGAGCCAGACUACCCCUGUGAUGAACAGUUGAUACCUACUUUUUGUGAAACUUCAUUUCCUUCCUUCAGGCCUGAAUGGCAGUCAAUACAUCCUUUUGUCAUACCCCAUGAUCCUCUUCCCAGUUUUAAUUAUUUUAAUAUGCAAAGAUUUGGUGCCCCCCUACACCCACCACCAGAUGUUUUCCAUGUGCAAGAUGAAUCUCAGAUGCAGAAUGGGUGUUAUGUGGAUAGUUAUCAGGAUAGCUGGAGCUGUUUGACUUUUGAUCAGAAUGAUGAGUAUGCUAGCUAUGAUAUGACCAGCAAUGAUGUCUAUCCCUUUAGAAAUGGCUACAGUGUACAAGAUGAAAGUGUGGAUAAUGGUUUCUGUGAAAUCAGAGAGUGCUGGCAAGAUCCUUCCAUUGACAAGCAUUAUGAAACGGACAGGUUUGUGAACCAGUGGAUUCAAGAGGAGAAGUUAAAUAAAUUGCAGAAAUUACUUAUUCUUUUGCGAGGACUCCCUGGUUCUGGAAAAACAACAUUGUCUCGAAUUCUGCUUGGUCAGAGUCGUGAUGGCAUCGUCUUCAGCACUGAUGACUAUUUUCAUCAUCAAGAUGGGUACAGGUACAAUGUUAAUCAACUUGGUGAUGCCCAUGACUGGAACCAGAACAGAGCAAAACAGGCUAUCGAUCAGGGGAGAUCUCCAGUUAUAAUAGACAACACUAAUACACAAGCCUGGGAAAUGAAACCAUAUGUGGAAAUGGCCAUAGGAAAAGGAUACAGAGUAGAGUUUCAUGAACCGGAAACUUGGUGGAAGUUUGAUCCUGAAGAAUUAGAAAAGAGGAAUAAACAUGGUGUGUCGCGAAAGAAGAUUGCUCAGAUGUUGGAUCGUUAUGAAUUUCAAAUGUCCAUCUCCAUUGUGAUGAAUUCAGUGGAACCAACCCAGAAAAGCAUACAAAGACCCCUUCCUCUCCAGGGGGAACAGAGGUGGGGAGGCUCUCUAGGCUCACGUAGUCAAGUAUCUAUCGCAGAUGACUCUUAAGAAGCUGGCUGUUUUGGCUGACAUUUAUUACUUUGGAGAACAAAGUAGUGAGCCUGUCUUGAUUUUUGAAUAGCUUCAAAUAAAACCACGCUGUUGCCUCACAAAGGGUGUUCCCUACAAGUUGUUUAGAUCCUAAAAUACAAAUAAAAAUUGCAUAAAAUUGUA